UCUAGUCGCCAAAAAGGAAUCUCCUGAAACUUGUGACAAUGCAGUGUCAGCAUUCCCUUCCCUGAGAGUAGGUCCCAUCAUCACAUUCCUGCUGAGUAAACAUCCCUAUAGAGUCGCGCUGCAUGGCUGCAAUCCAUUCUUUAGCACGCUCAGGAGGGAAGCAAAUUUCGCUGCAACCGGUGGGGCUUAGCACAUACCUUCUCUCCGCAGGAGGAAUUCCCACCCCCCUUCCGGUUAGUCUAGUGUUGCGAGGUGAAACGUAUGUGGUAGAAUUGCCCAAACUUCUACGCACGCAAUAAAGGAAAAAAGGAGGAAAGCGGGCACGGUAAAACCAUUUCAAAGGUCGUCCCGUCGGGUGGGGCCUCCGAAUUGAUUAUCGACGAGUCGCAGCGGCUGCAGUUUACUUAGCGAGCCUGCUCACCCAACCUGUGACUCACGGACCCCACGUGAUUUCUAAGAAUUCAGCAAGCUGCUAGCUCGCUUUAGGUUUCACUUUCCGCUCUGGUUCAAUUGUAGAUGCUGGAUUCGUUCCGUCUCCAGCUAUGGCUUCGCUACUGAGGGCGUCUUCGGUCCCUUCCUUUGUCAGGUUGGAAGAGGACCUGACUUGCUCCAUCUGCUUAUGUAUCUUUGAGAGCCCCGUCACGACCCCGUGUGGCCACAAUUUCUGCCUACCUUGCCUGGAGAUGACUUGGGGGGAGUUCCAGAGUAACUUCAGUUGCCCCCAGUGUAGGACCUGCUUCUACAGUCGCCCAGACCUGAAGAAGAACACGGUGCUCUGCAGGGUGGUGGAAGAGUUCCAGAGUACCCCAGAUGACCCUUCCAAGAAGAUUCAGUCGGAGAAGUCGUCGGUCAAAAUUAGUCACACCCCUACCGUGGCCUGCGACAGUUGCCUACAGAAGACGGCAGAGAAGACUUGCCUCACCUGCAUGGCCUCCUUCUGCCAGGAGCACCUGAAGCCCCAUUUGGAGAGCCCAGCUUUCAAGAGCCACCAGUUGGUCGACCCUAUCAAGGAGCUUCAUCAAAGGAAGUGUCAGGCCCACAACAAACUCCUGGAGUUCUACUGCAAGGAGCACGCCAGCUGCAUCUGCUGCUUUUGCUUGGUGACCCACAAGAUGUGUGCCACCAUCCCCAUGCAAGAGGCCAAGGAAGAGAAGGAGUCCCAGCUGAAGCAGAGACUGACAGAACUCUAUGCUCUGAAUGAGAAGGCUCUGCAGACCUUGGAUCAAGUACGAGUGCAGCAAAAACAAGCCAGUGAUAUAGCUGCUCGGAAGUUAGAUCUGCUGAAGACAGAAUUCCUGGAAAUUAUUGCUUUAAUUGAAGAAGAAGAAAAAGAAUCUGUAAAGAAGGUCCAAGCAGAGGAGAAGAAAGUCCAAGAUAAAUAUGAAUACAUCCAUAAAGUCCUGGGUAAGAAAAAAAACGAAAUCCAGGGAGCAAGAGACCAGAUUGAAAUGACCUUGACGGAGGAUGAUGACAUCACGUUUUUAAAGAAGGCAGCAAAACUCCGGCAGUUACCUAUCAAAGAUGUAUUCAUACCCAAAAUAGAUUUGGAUCAAAACUUGAUACAUGCUAUUUAUCAAAAAUCCUUUGGCCUCAAAGAAAAUGUGAAACAAUUCUUGACUCAAUCCCAGGAGAAGAAAACAGAAGGAGUCACACAAUGGAAAACCAAACUACAGAUCCAGCCCUCGCAGCCAGGAAAAAAGAAUGCUGCAUCAAAUGCUCCAAAGAGAGAUGCCCCACUACCACAAUCUCCACAGGAGAAGACAACUGCAGAGGAGGAGGCGUUGGCUGCUGCAGACACCAAGCAGAGGAGGCGACCUGCUAAACGCUCACAAAGUCCUAGCCAGAGAGGACGAAGUUCCAGCAGGCCUCAGUCAGGAACUCAGCCAGCAACUCUUGAAAGCUUUUUAACUAAAUCACGAGAGGAGCUUUUGGAAUUUGCUACAAAAUUUGCUCUGGAUUUCAACACUGCCCAUAACAAAGUGAUCUUAUCUGAGAGGAGCACCAAAAUAUCUGUGUCAGAAACCCCCCAGAAUUACAGCCACCACCCGCAGCGCUUCACCUACUGCUCCCAAGUGGUGGCCUUCCAGUGUUUCAAGAGGGGCAUCCAUUACUGGGAAGUAGAGCUGGAGCACAACAACUUCUGUGGAGUUGGCAUCUGCUACGGGAGCAUGGCCAAGCAGGGAGCGGAAAGCCGCCUGGGGCGCAACAGCAGCUCGUGGUGCGUUGAGUGGUUCAAUGCCAGGAUCUCAGCCUGGCACAAUGACAUUGAGAAGUGCCUGCCCAACACCAAGGUGAAGAAGAUUGGCGUCCUGCUGAAUUAUGAGGGUGGCUUUGUGAUUUUCUUUGGCGUCAGUGAGAAAGUCAGCCUCCUCUACAAAUUCCGGGCGCAGUUCACAGAAGCCCUCUAUCCGGCAUUCUGGGUGUUCUCUAGUGGAACCACCAUCUCGCUCUGCCAACUCAAGUGAAGAGCUGAGUACCACCAUUUGCUCCGCUUGCCCAGGCAUUUCUGCAUGUUAACUUCUCUCUCUGUGUUUUGGAAUCCAGUUCUGUGUGUAUCUGUCUUGUUAAUUUCAAAGCAAAAGUUGUUUGUUUGAAACUCCGUCCUUGUUUUCUGGAAAUCCCAGGGCUGCUAAAACCAAGGCCACAGUCCACUAAGAAUAUUCUUUUUGCAGAAGCCUCUUUGAGGACGUCCUUAGGAAACUUUCAGUGGGGCUUGCCCAUUGAGUUCUUGGUGGACUGCACUCAUCUGGCACAUUGAGCUACUGGUUCAUUGUACACAUUAGUUUGGAGAAGGAGCAUGUUUGGGCAUGUCUGAGCGGAUGCUUCCUUUGCUUCUGUCACAAUGGCUAACACACUGCUAGGAGUUCAGAGCACAGAAUAUAAGGUGCCUUCUGUGUCCUGGUUGCUGUGUCUUUAUAUGGAGAGUUCUGUUCUUAGUAUUUGCUAUAUAGUGACACAGGCAAAGAUCCACAGAGGUAUAUGUACAUGGAUGCAUGCACACUCAUGCAGAUAAGUCCUCAAGCAGACUUUUUCUUCCCCAUGAAUCUGUCCUGAUGCUUGUGCAGUGACUUACAAAGAACUUUGAUUUUGGUGAACGGGAAUAGGGUUGGAGCAUGGAGGUGACAGGGCUUUUUCUGUUCUUGUGUCUAAUAUUGCUAAUCCUCUUGAAGAAAAGCAGAAGGGUUACACUUGGUAGUGCUGCGGGGAGCAGGGACACUUUUUUAAAAAAUUAAAACUUUGAAUUUUACAAUCUCUAACUACCAGUUACAUUACAAAGGAGCCCUCCCCCCCCCUUUGAGGAUCCAUGAAGAUGCAGUUAAGUCCUCAUCACUUAAUUCAGUUCUUUGGAGUUUUGGAGAGUUAAGGAGCUGCUGCCGUUUGGAGGCUUUGAACAAUAUUCAGCAUGCAAAGACAGAAAGGUUGGAAAGGAGAUGCUUGUGUGGUGGGUGCACUUUUUAGUCAAAGACCCUUGCUGAAAGGGGCUGCAUUUAAAAACUGCAGCCCACCAUCAUAAGUAAGCCCAAUCCAUCUGAAACACCUUUUAUGUAGUUGAAUGCUGGAGGUGAAGAAAUUCCUUCCUCCUCCCAGUCUUUAAAGAGUUUUGUAUCUUUGCUGUGAUACUUUGCAAUUGUUGAGGUAUUGGGAGGAAGCUGUGGGCAGAAAGUUAAAAUGCUUCAGGCUACUCUGGUAGACAGAAUUUUCUGCUAUCCGCUGGAGGCGAUUUUGAUGAUCCUUACAUUUCUCCAAGGGUAAUCUUUUAUAGCAUUUUGACUUGAAGGUCACUAGCAGGAAGAACCAGUGUGUCCAAUUCAGAUCAUGUCUCUUAAGUGAUUGUUCUGAGUGGGCAUUUCAAACUUCAGGCAGCAGGCUGGGAAGGACCUGAAGCAUCUGGAAGGCUAAGAUCUUCUGGGCAACAUCUUUAGCUUUCCUGUAGCUUUGAUUUUUCUUUGAGACCUGAUUCUGCACAUUUCUGUUAUGUAUCCUAAGCGAUUGAAGAUGACUUUGUGACAUCCUCCUCACUAAAGAGGAACAACAGGCUCUAGGGUCUUACAAUUGUGUAUGUAUUGUACUCUGCACCAGCAAGCAGAAGGUUGUCUUGCCUUUCUUGGGUCAGAACAUACACAUUUUGGAAAGAUGCUUGACAUUUCUUAGCUUGUGAAGCUCUCAAUUUUAGGAAGCUCACAUGCUAUAAAGCGCUCAGAGUAGAGGUAAAAUGAACACUGCUGAGCAUUGAUGAUUGGCCUCAGCUGAGAAAGUCUUAGAUAAAAGCAAAGCAAGCUGGUCCAUGUGUUUAAAAUGAAAUCAAGCUAUAGGUUUCUUCCUAUGGUCAAACAAAGGGACCAGUUGUAGAACACUCUUUGGGAAAGAAUUACUAUCCAGAUAUUUAAGUGGGAACAUCUUGACAUGUCUUCAGCUAGCUGUGCUUUUGUACCAAAUGAUUAUUUGAAAAUAUUAUUGGAAUCCAAGGUACAAGUUACUGAGAUCUUGGUGAAAUGAUCUGUAGUGUUUUUGAAAAUGCAGUAAAUCACUGCCCUUCUCCAAAAAGCCCCAGAUUCUUUCACAGGAAACUGAGGAAAGCAAGAAAAGUGAGGGCCAAGUUGAAAACAGACCAGGGUGUGAGACAAAGGUAGGAAACUGUAGCAUGACUUAGGAAGCAAAAUAUAAAAUAAACAGCUAUUGCGGUUAUGUUGGUCCCACAAGAAUAUGAAGGCAAGAGAAUUGCUGGAAUGGAGGUCUAAUGGAUUCAUCUCCAAUAUAGCAAAACCAAUCCUUGAUAUUCUCGAAUGACAUCUUUCCCACAAUGGGCCAUGCAUAUUUGUUGUAGGAUCCAAGGAUCUCUCUCACCAUAGAGAGAGAGAGAGGCCUACUACCUGUUUGGUAGAAGUGCUCUUGGAACUACACAAAGGAGUUUUGUUGGUAUUCUAGGCAUUCUUCCCACAAAUGAUCAUGGGAUUUAAAUGCACUUUUCCAUGUGCUUAAUGUAUCCCACAAGAUAUAAGGCACAGUAGAUGCAGUGCCCCUUUAGUGUGGUUUGGGAUAUGCUUGCUACAGUGCCUCAGCUGAGACCCAGGUGCCUUUGGAAUGUCACUAUGAUCUGCUUUCCCUGAUCUGUGUUAAAGUCGUCUGAUUAUAGCGGAAUGGAUCUCUUCAGGAUUUUGAGAUGAUCUUUGGGAUUCCUUGGGAAUCCCACUGUCUCUAAGUAGAUCAGUACUUCUCUCUUUGCUGCUUUUAGUCUUUUGCCUGGCACAAAUAUUGUCCAUUGGCUCAAUGUUGAUUACUGUUGGUAAUCAUUUUAGGGAAAUAAUUGAAUUAUCUGUUAUUAUAUCACAAACCAGUCUUGCUCCCUACACAAGAAUAACAUUGGGGUUUUUUAAAUCUCAUGGCAAGAUAGGCAAUAGAAUAAUGCUGAUGGGCGUGGUUGAGCCAGAGUUAAGCAUGUUGCAUUCUGUUGGUUUGAGUGGAGGAAGUUGAGCCCCAUGAUUAAACUCUGUCUUUGUCAUCAAUGAUAGAGUGCUUAAGUUUAGGCUCAGUGGUGCCCAUUAUGAUCUCUUCUGUUUUCCCAGUCCAGGUGAAACCCUUCACUAAAAAGCAAUGUUUGUCUAGUCACAGUGGCUGUGUUUACAUUGAUACAGUUAGCUCAGUUAUAAUCCAGCAUGUAGAUUAAUACUUUCUGCCAUGCUUUCCCUUGUAGUAAAUUAACUGAAAACGAUCUUGGUGUUAGCAAAAUUGUUGGGGAAUAGCUUCAGCAAGCAUGGAUGUUUGUACUGAAACACAAAACGGAGAAAUAAAAAGUUCAAAACUGCUUGAAUUGAUUAUAGCCAUUUAACUGUGUACUCUUGAAAAUGACAGAUGCAAGUCUGCAGAAUAUCUAGUUAAUGUUUCUAGUUUAAAUUGUGAAUAAUGUUGAUCUGUGAGUUGGUUUUAAAAUGAGAAUCUGAAUGUUUUGGGCAUAUACCAUUUUUUGCCAAGGGUUUGUCUUUGCUUGGUCUGUAAUCAGCCUUUUGCAAUCUCAAGCUGUGUCAAAUGGAACAUUGUGAUGCAUCCAAAAUUGCCUAGCCUGGUCUUGCAGUGGAUCAAGACUUGUUAAGUGAAAGUUCAAUAAAGUCUGAUUUAUUAUUGUUA